CCGAAAAUGUUUGAAAGGUGUUUUUUUUUCUUCAAAUAGACUGUGCAACAGUAUUACCAUUAUAGCUGUACGUAUAGUAUUAAAAAAUAGUUAUAAUAGUAGUAUGUAUAGGCAUCGAGUCUCUUCGGGUCAAAACUAGUUUCACGUCUCUUGCACUAUUCGCAGCGGUCGCGAUCUGCGGCGGCGGGGCAGUGGCGCUAGAAAAUAGAAAUACGACUUCGUAGGCUCCUUCGCGUUCGUCGGUCAGACCGGUCAGUGUCCGUCACGGUACCGUGCCGCAAGUACGUACUCGCCGGCGAUCGUCUCCUCGGCCGGAUACGGAAUUCAAUAUUUUUUCAUCUCGAACACCAAUAAUUAUCAGACUAUUGCGGGCCUCCGUUUUUUUUGGACGCGACAUAAUGACGUCUUCCCGAUCUGUUUCCACGCGGAAAACCAUGAUCAUCGCCGUCGCGCUAAUCGCUGCUGUUGGUUCGACUGCCGUCGCCGCCGGAUCUGGCGAAAUGUGCGUACUCCAGAAGAACGAAAUCCUCGAAGAACACAAACUGAGCACUCUGGAAGAUAUGUUCGGCGAAAUAUAUGAUAUUUUAACAUUUAUUGACGAAGAUCCUGAUCAACCAGAACUAUGUCAAGUAUGGUUUGAAGUAAAGACGUCGAAAACAUGUAAACGUCAGUCACAUUUACCAUUAGCGAUUAUGGGAAAAGAUUYUUCUGCUCUUAAAAAUCAGACUGAUCAUGAAAAAUUMAAUGUGAGGGAGCCAACUAAUUUCAAUGAAAUACCUUCUAGGAAAAAUCCGUUUCAUUACAAAACGAGUAAUUUCAAUCAGAAUAGAACAUCUUCAAACAUUGAAAAUAAAGAAAAGCCUAAUAUAAAUGAUUUAGACAACAAAUUUAAUAAAUCAGUUAGUAAUGAAUAUUUUAGUACCCGGGAUGAAAAUAAAACAACCAAUGAGGAAAUUAAAAAUGGUAACUUAGCCGAAAUUAUUUCAAAAGAACAGGAAAAACAAUCAGGCAAUGAAAAUGAAGAUAAUUAUUUAAACAAGUAUAGGAAAUCACUCUACGAUAAAAAUGGAAAGGAGGAAGCUAAAAUAGAUAAUUCAAAUACCAAUACACCUGAAGACAAAAUGUCAGCAGAUCAUAUUAUGAAUAACAAACUUUGGAUUAAAAAAAAUAUGUCACAAUAUGAAAACAAAGAACAUUACUUAAGUAAUAAUUUUGAAAAUAAAUUCACUUAUUUCAAAAUUAAUAACACCGUGCCUAGUAGAUCGUCUAAUAAAGAAUACAGUUAUCCAGGAAAAAAUGAAACUAUUGCACACUACAAUGAUUUAAAAAAAUAUCUCGAUCAAAGUAAAAACUCUGAAGGUAAAUAUGAAAAUUCAGUUAUAAGUGAAUCAGAUAAGUAUAAUGAAAAUAGAGAUGGUAAAAUAAAUCAGGAUGUUCCGGAAGAUUCCUCAAAUAACGAUAUAAAAUUUAAGUACAAAAAUAAUGAAAAUAUGGAAAAAACUUCUAAACAAAAAACAUUUGAAAACAAAACGUCAAAUAAAGAGAUGAAUGAUUCCGGUGAUAAGAAAAAACCUUCAAAUAAUGACAACAUUUUGAAUCGAGAUAAUUCGGAAAAAUUUAAUUUAAAUAACAACUCACGUACUUAUAAUAAAACUCCRUACUCGGACAACGGAAUUAAAUAUAAUACAACCAACGGAGGAAAAAUAGUCGAUGUUUCAUAUCAAAGCCAAUCGAAAGAUAACAAAUCGAUUGCUUAUGAUAACAAGGCGCCAGUCGAUGUAACUAAAGAAAAUAUAGCAAAUCAAACGCAUUCGCAAAACAAUAAUCCUGAGCCCAAGCCGUUUCAAAAAAAUGAAACCAAUGUCAAUGGUUCAAUAACCCAGAGUACGCCCCGUACUGACUCGACGACUGAAAAUAAACCGACGGGUAGUGGAAAUAAAGUUGUUGAUGCUAAUACUAUUAAUACGAAAACACAUAGUACAAAUAAUGAUAAUCCAACGAUCGACGCAGAUGAAAAAAAUAAAAUGAAAAAUGAUUAUAGUUCAACUAGUAUUAGUGAUGAUAACAUUAUUGCUGUCACUGUUGAGCCCACGAAAACUAGACCAGCAAACACAAUGGUCAAUGAUGAUACUAAUGAAUCAGAUAAAAUAAAUAGUUCAUCCACUGAAUCGCUGGUCAACAGAUCGUUAAACAAUAUUAAAACUAACAAUAAACAUGAAUCAAACGGUACAGUUAUAAAUGAAAUCAAUAACGUUAACAAAAACCUACAGCCAGACCAAUCGAUACCUCAACCUAGCGCACAGUCGUCCAAUAAUGAUGAAAACGAUACUAUAAAAAUGACAACAGAUAACACAAAUGAAUCAGAAAACGGUUUCAGUUUCGGUAAAUUAUUUUCGAACRUUUUCCCUAACGGUAUACACGUAUCUGCAGCUACAAUUAUUGGAGCAUUAGCUUCAUUGACAGCUGUUACUGGAGUAGUUGGAACAGCCAUAAAUCGUUAUUAUUAUAAACUAUCUGGCACAGAUCAAAUUCCCUUCAAAGGAACAUUCCAAUCUAUUUUUAAUUCAAUUAAAGAUAUUAUAAUAUCAUUCUGCUGCUGUUGUCGUCGUGGUGGUUAUGAUGAUUUAGAAGCACCARAUUUAUCGAAUGAAAAAACACCACUUUUACAACCCAAAUUUAGUAUACCAACACCGCAAAUUGUAGACGAAACGACUCAAAAAUCCAGUGAUGGUGGUGACAAUGACGAUAGUAGUAGACAAAAUAGUAAUAAUGAAUAUGGCAGUAUGUCAAAUGAAAAGAAAUCUUCAACUUCUGAAAGGAAACACCGUAAAAUUAAACGAAAAUCGAAGAUUUCAGAUAGGAAUGAUUCUACUACAGAAGAAAAACAUAUUAAUAUUGAUAAUGAUUUGCAAGGAAAAUCUAUAAAAGAUGUUAUAAGUGGAAAAAUUAAUAAAAUAUUCACUGAAAAAAUCAAACCAAAAAUCAACAGUAUUGCUGAAAAUGUGGGGAAAAAGGUUGAAUCAACGGAUGAAGUUAAGAAGGACUUAGAUAUAAUAACUAAAGAAGCAGCUUUGAUAUCUAAAUUGUUAGAAAACGAAAAAUCAUCAAAAAAUACUGAUGACGUUCGGUCGAACGAGGAAAUCAAAGCAAAAAAUAAUUCAGAAAAAGMUCAGUCAAACUUAAUUGAAACACAGAAUUCUAUAGUUCAAGAAGAGAUCAAAAGUACAACGCUUGACGAAUCACAACAGUCACCAAACGUUGAACCUUUGAAUGAAGUAACUGUUUCACAAUUACCAGUACAGGGUCAUCAACAAAUUGAAAGAAAUGAACAAGAGUCCGACUUGAAAAUGAGUGACAGAGUUACCGCCGAUGAAUUAACCAAAAGUACAAAAAAUAAAAAUGAUAUUGUUAUGAAAAGUAAUAUUGAAAAACUUCAAGAUACCGUCAUUACGUCUCCCACAGACACCAUGACUAAAACUAACAAAUCGAAAUUAAAGUUCUUAGGACUCGAAAAAGAAGAUGAAAAUGUGCAAAAAGUGGUAAGCGACAAAUCCAUUGAGUCCGAUAAAAAGAUUGAUAAUGAAGAGGAUGACGUUGAAGUUAUCGAAGAAAUUAUAUACGUCGACGCGACUGAUGGUGCCGAAGAUGAAGAAAUUAUUGAAGAAAUAAUAGAAACUACUACAAUCGAAGAUUCACCGGACGAAUCUUCACCUGGUUCGGGACACUCCAAAGUCACAGUUCGGACAACUCGUAAAAUAUCGUCAUCUUCGUUACCUGGAGAAGUGAAAACUAUCGAAGAGACCGUGGUCACUGACGGUAUACCCGAAAACGAGAAAAAACUGCGUGGAUUCCAGGUUGGUGUCGGGAAAUCCGGACUCAGCAUGAGCGUUGGCGAGAAAAAUAUGGAAAUCGGUAAGUCUGGAWUAAAGUUUAACCGCAGCAAAAGCAAAUCACCGAAGAAUGUAGAAGACGAUGAGACCAGCAAGCGGGACACGAAGUCUCCGGAAAAGUCCAAGAAAUCAAUGUCGUUGCCAAAAAUAUUUAAACGGUCGAUCUCUCAACCAGCGGACGACGACAUACAAGAAAUCGAAGAAGAGUCUGCGUCAAAGAAAAAAUUGUCCAAGACAGGUUCCGGCUUGAUGAAAUUGAGAAAAUCGCCAUCUAAAUCUACUGUAGUCYUGAAGACUGGUGAUAUCACGAUGGAUAAGGAUGCAAUGUCAAACUUCAUAGACAACGAACGGAGUGCGUCGCGUUUAUCGAAUGUAGGACUACAAGGCGAAUUCGAUUUAACCGUCAGCGAUGAAGGUGUUGCCGCCGCGGUAACAACUUCCGAAGGAAAAGAUGCUGCGGUUAGCAUAAAAACCGUCGAAAAAUCUCCUAAAGAUUUAGUGUCCGGGUCGGAUAGAGACCAACAAUCGACCAAAAAUACYGAAACCAARUCAAACGUCAAACCCAAAAAACCAAAAAAAGACAAAACGAAAUUAACAACUUUAACACGGCCGUUUUAAAUGUAUUCAAAUCAAAGGAAUAGUUUCAAGCUUACCGUGUAAGAAAUAUCAUUGGUUCUUUUGUUUGUUAUUUUUAAAUAUGUUUAUAAUAAAUCUUUUCGGUCAAGGUUAGGUUAGGUUAGUUAGGUUAAAUGUCAGUGCGUGCUAUAUCGGUCGGAAUUUCAAAUUCAACAUAUAUGCCACUGUAAAAUUGUUAAUGUGUCCAAUUUUUUUUAUAAACUCAACAUUGAUUUAUACUGAAAUCUGUUUACUAAUUUUAAUUCUGUAAAUUUAUAAUUUGUUGUUCAUUAUUUUCUUACAGUUUACUUAUUCUUUCUAUAAAAAUUUACCUUUAAUCAAAAAUUAUAUUCAUAAAUUCAACUGUUUUAUAUAAGCAUAACUAUUAAUACUAGUUUAAUAUAUUCGUGAAUAAAAUGUGUUUUCUAUUAUAAA